CAAAUCGACUGACCUCUCUCUUUGGCGUCGCGGCUCUCCGCCUCUUCCCCCCAAACAUCACAAAUCAAACGAGAUCGAGCUAAAGCGGCGCGCCUCGCCAUUGCCGUUGCCACCACCCCGUGAGCUGAAGUUCGCCACCACCUCUCCCAUAGCCGCUCGCGGGAGAUGCAUUCGUGGGAGCUCCUGAGCGGUGCCUCCUUAUGAUCCGGGGGGCUCGCCAAGCUUCACCCGGAGCAGCCCGGCUGUUCCGGCAUUCCCGGCGCCUCUGCAGCAACCGUUCACGGAACGGCGUCGAGGGGCCGGGCACCGGAAAGCAGGAUGCUGAUGGAAUUCACGAGAGAGGGGGCGAGGAGGGCCCGCAUGCCGGCCGCAUCCCACCCGAAGUGCUCCUCGGGAUGCCCCCGCCCCCGCCCGGCCAGAGGGGGGGCGACGACGAUGAUGGCGAAAAUUUGCGUUUUGCUUCCCGUUACAGAUCCAGGAGAAAGUAUUUCGAAGAAUUGAGUCUGGAAGUAGAUAGGAUUGUCAAGAUUCUGCUGCAGGACGGUCCGGGGUUCAGCGCCCGCCAGGCGCUCGACGAAAUGAACCUGAGGGUGUCCAAUGAGUUGGUCAGGGAAGUGUUGUCCAGGAUCGUUGUGUCUGUUGAUAGUGUCAACCGAGAGAGAUUCCCGAGGCUGGCAUACAAGUUCUUCCUGUGGGCAGGGCAGCAAGAGGGGUACCACCAUAGCACGGGUAUGUACAACCUUGUCAUGAAGGUCUUUGCUCAGUGUGGGGAGGUUAAAGCUAUGUGGAGGCUACUUGAGGAAAUGACGGAGAAUGGGCUGUCUAUCUCUGCCCGUACGUUCCACCUUCUGAUAUGCACGUGUGGGCAGGCCGGGUUGAGGCGAAGGCUGGUUGAAAGGUUCAUCAAGUCAAGUAGUUUCAACUACCGCCCUUUCAGGAAUUCGUUCAAUGCGAUAUUGCACACGCUCCUAACAAUAGAACAGUACUCAUUGAUUGAAUGGGUUCACCAGAAAAUGCUCAUGGAGGGGCACUCCCCUGAUGUAUUGACAUACAACAUCGUGAUGCGUGCAAAGUAUAUGCUAGGGAAGUUGGAUCAGUUCCACAGAUUGCUUGAUGAGAUGGGAAAAAACGGGCUUACUCCUGACCUUCAUACAUAUAAUAUCUUGCUUCAUGUACUUGGUAAAGGAGACAAACCACUCGCAGCUCUGAAUUUGCUGAACUAUAUGAGUGAUGUUGGUUGUGUACCGAGUGUGCUCCAUUUCACUAACUUGAUAGAUGGUCUUAGCCGUGCUGGCAACCUAGAAGCUUGCAAGUAUUUUUUUGAUGAGAUGAUGAAGAAAGGGUGUGAACCGGAUGUUGUCUGCUACACUGUUAUGAUCACAGGCUAUGUGGCAGCUGCAGAACUUGAGGAAGCCCAGAAGUUGUUUGAUGAUAUGUUGGUGAGAGGGAAGCUUCCGAAUGUGUACACUUAUAAUACAAUGAUACGCGGGCUUUGCAUAGUAGGGGAGUUUGAUAAAGCUUGCUCUAUGCUAAAGGACAUGGACCUGCGUGGAUGCACACCAAACUUCUCAGUGUAUAGUACUUUAGUGUGCAGAUUGCGAAAUGCUGGAAAGGAUGCUGAAGCUAAUAAUGUCAUUAAGUACAUGGCAAAUAAGGGCCAAUAUCUUCAUUUGUUGUCGAGAUUCGGGGGAUAUAGAAGAUGCUGAAAUGGGAGGCCCUAUAAUGAAAUGCAGAGUUGUUCCUCGUUAUUUUUUCCUGUUUAGAACUAUUUUUGUGAAACGAAACUGUAGGAGAGGCUCCAACAGUGGAAUAUAUAUAUUAAAAGUAAAUAUGUACAAGUACAAGACUCAGUACACACAGAAACAGAGAGGACUUAAGUUACAUUAUCAAUCGGACUCAGCCAGUCUGAAACAUCAAGUCUAUGAGAGGAGGGUGCGGUUAAGCCUUGGGUAAUGACACAUUAAUUUCUGCCUGAAGCAGCUAAACCAGCGACUAACACUCUUAACAGAAGGGCGAUCCGUAUUGAAGACUAGAUCAUUACCUUGCUUCCAGAUAUGCUAGGCGGCGCAAGUGAAGACCAUCAUGGCAGGUCCACGAAAAGAGUUUCUGGCAAGAAUGAGUAUUUCUCUGAAAUCAUCAAGGGGCUCCCAACUAAUGCCAGUCCUGUUCCAGCAGUGGACACUGAAAGAACAAGUGAAGAAGAGAUGGCUACAAUUUUCAAGCAGUCCAGUGGGGGAGACGCAGCAGGAUAGAGCAUUGGACCUGUUACAAUGUUUUCUGUCCAUCUUAUCAAAGGUGUUGAGCCAAUCAAAGCCAGCAAAAUACUUUAAGUUUCGGAACACACUUGCUCUUCCAAAUCCACCCAAGCACUCUGUCAAUGGGGAGGUCCUUGGAGCAAAAUUCAUCGCAUUUCUUAGGCAAAUAAGAACCCACUCCGCUGCUGCAGACCCAGGAGCCCUUCUCAGAUUAUGACCAGAUUUAAGGAUAAAACAAUGAUCCAGAGAUCUUGAUACUCUUGGAAGGCUUCAGCAUAGAAAGGGAGGUUGAAGAGAGCUAAUAGGUCCUCGGAAUCUUUAACAUUUUUAACAGAGUGACUCUCAGAGUUGGCGAAAGCGAAGCAUCUGGGGAAGAGAGAAGCAAGCAGAGCAUGACCCCAGUUGUCGCUCCAAAAUAAAACAGACCUGUCAUCCUUGAUAUGCAGCAAAGCAAAAUCUCUGAACGAAUUACCGAGCCGAAGAAUAUCAUGCCACCAGAAGGAGCCGUUAACAGAUCCAGCAUGAGGGACAGAAGUGUUGUAGUAAGAUUGCCAAACAAGGCGAACCAAUGGAAUGUCCUGACGGUUGUAAAAUUAAUAGAGGUGCUCAAGGAGAAGGGUGCGGUUGAAAAUAGACAGAUUCAUAACUCCAAGGCCUCCUUGGAGCUAUAGAUCUGAAGAGUGUAUCUUUUUUUUUUACCACUUUAAUACAAUAUCAGAAGACAAUAACUUCCUAUUUUUCUCUGAUUUUUGGACUGACAGAAGAGCGGUGUUGAGCUCUCAUGAGUUGUUUGAUUACAUUUAUAUACCUGCCCAUGACUUGUUUGCUGAAAUGGUUUUAUGAGAAUGGGGAUUAUUUAUGUGGUUG